GUGAAGGCUGAGCCCUUAACUCUAAUUGUACCACAGUUCGAGGUUCCACUGCCGCCACUCCUUCCAGCGGUGUUCCCUCCAAAUUUUCGCGAAUUGCCGCCUCCGAAGCUGGAACUUUUCGAUUUGGAUGAGAUGUUUAGCAGUCAGGAUGUUCGACUUGUGCAGCUCACUAACAAAUGCGAAGAAAAGGAUUUGGAGUUCUACAUUCGUGAAGCAGGCGAAAUUCUCGGCAUCUCAUCGGUAUUCUCCUCAAGUGAACGAACAGCAAAACGAAUUCUUGAAUAUGUACUAGCUCAGCUGUUCGAGUUCAAGAAGCUGGGACAGGAUACUGAUGUUCCUGAAGCGGUGUUAUACGAUGUGGGAGAGGUUGAAGAAGGAGAAAACGAAGAAGAAAUGUUUUCCGAUUUGGACGAGUACGAUGAUUUGCAAUAA